CGUCUUCGCCGUCUGUUUUUUGAAGAGACGCAUUUGGAGCCGCCGAGUAUCUUUGCUGCGAGAUAAUCUGAGCCAGCGCCUUCAUGUUCUUGCCCUAGCUAGGGACUACUCUCGCUAUGCACUCAGAAUCUGUCGUGUCAGAUCAACUUACUUCUGCAAAAGCUACAUGCCAACAUCAGAGCACUACUGUGCGGAGGAAGUCGAAGACAGGGUGUGGAACCUGCAAGAUCGUCCGAUUGGCGGUCUGUUGUUCAACGGUCUGGGCUGUCCGUGGAUCUGUGCCUAUGAACGCUUACCGACGUUGACUAGAGCCCGAAGAGUUAAGUGUGAUGAAGCAAAGCCUGUGUGCUCUCGUUGCCGAUCUACUGGUCGAACGUGCGAGGGUUACGGCUUGUGGGGAGGCGGGGGGAAUACCUACGUUGAGAGAUAUGGCGGAGCAUCUACAAACGAUACCUCACUAGUCUCAGUUCAGAAGCCUCCUACCAAAGUUCUACCCGUCGAAGAACUCAGACACCUACAACUAUACAGGAUUAGGAUCGUCCAUACAACUUCGGGUUGGUUCGCCUCGAAGUUUUGGAGCUCGAUUGUGCUGCCGGCAGCUUCGUCAGAACCUGCUGUUCUUCAUGCUGCUGUGGCGUUGAGUGCUGCGCACAGAUGCAGUUACAACCCGUCACAAGCUCCAGAUACGCGGGAGAAGUUUGUGCUCCAGCAGUAUACCAAAGCCAUCCGAUCACUACAGCCACUGUUGCAACGUGGAGACAAAGACUCCAUCACAAUUAUUUUGGUCACCUGUCAGUUGUUCACCCAACUGGAGUACCUCCGCGGAAGGUACCAGAUUGCUGAAACACACUUACGAAAUGGCUUGAAGCUUCUGAAAAACACGGCUACUGAGAAAGACCAUUCUCAUCAUGGUGUGUUGGUAAUCAGACCGGCUUCACACGGGAAAAUCGUAGAUCGAAGUAUCGUACGCAGCUUUGCGACUCUGCAUAUGCAGAGCAGCCUGUUCGGUUCCAGUCUAGAGGACGUCGAUCUAUUCCUGCAACCGAUUGGAAACGAUAUGCCGUAUCCUGCUUUCACAAGUGUCGAAGAAGCGAAGGACACUCUGGACGUGCUGUUGCAUCGCAUAGCUUUGAUCAAACAACGAUAUCAAAAAUCAGGAGCUGGAACUGAAGAUGAUGUUGCUGCGGUGACAUCGGUACAAGAUGAAAUCACAAGCCAUCUUGCGACUUGGUACGAAAUCUACAAGCGUACGAUUUGUAGGAUCGACAAGAUACUCCUAGCUGCCGGAAAGAGACCCAACGACCCGCUAUCGUUCGGCGCAAAGACACCACCAACCAAGCUCCCAACAGAUCGCGAGCCAUCAGUAUUCAAAUCAUUGCUUAUGCAUCACGCUAUGGCGAGCGUCAUGUGCGGUUGUUUGCGUUCUUACUCCGGACAGCAGUAUGAAGCGUAUACCGAUAUGUUUCUCAUGAUAGUUAUGCACGCUAUACACAUCUUUGAAGAAUACUCUCUAGCUCGAUCCAUCCCGGAUAAUGUCAAUCUCCACGAUUCUAUUGGCGAGUUUGGCUUUAUAGCGCCGUUGUACUUCACGGCUAUCAAGUGUCGACACCAUCGUAUCCGUUUUCACGCUAUACGGCUGCUGCGUGUAAUUCCACUGAAAGAGGCGACAUGGGAUUCUUUCACGGCAGCUAAUAUUGCCGAAACGGUUAUGAAGCUUGAAGAGAAGGGUGUUUAUUAUGUCAGAAACGCUGAUAAUGACUUCUCUCUGAACGACGUACCCGUCCUGGGAGAUGCUUCUGAUUGGCCUUUGCUGCCGGAACAUAGCAUGUUCCACGACGUGGAGGUAACGACACGAGAAGACCUUGCGAACGAAGUGGUCGCCACUUGCAAAAGAAGGCGUCUGGAUGGGAGUCCAGAAGUCAUCACCUUCCACGCCAACAACAAGCCCGCACCUGUUCCGGACAAUAAAAGAUCAUGCCAUCAAUACCCAUGACCAGCAGGACUCAUUUAGGUAAAAUGGGAACGACGAAAUUCUCACACUGCCUAGUUCAAAUUUAGUCGUUCAUAAACCGCC